AGGUUUUUCUCAGUCAGCAAGAGCUAUUGAUAAUAUUCAAUACAGGAGAUACGCUUGCAUGCUCAAACUGCAAAGCACGCACUAGCAGAAACCAAUGGAUGGCAGCUCAACAAGAUUGCAUUAUACCGGCAAAAGAUGGGGUCAAGCGAUGCACUUGUUCCUGACGCCAGAUCAACUCUGGUCCGACUACAUCCAUAGAAGGAAUAGUUUUCCCACCUAUCCAAUCAACCAAACCAAUCUCAAUUCAACCAGGUCGACCAACUCGAUCUUCUCAGGACCUUCGGAGACAACAUGGUAGCACUCCAAGAGUCUCAUUCGAUCUUCGUGAAAGAAGACGGUGGUUCUUUGUUCUGGAAUGCUGAUACUGCUCCUACCACACCCUUGAGUCCUGUGAAUUCUGAAAGGAUGGAGAUACUGGUUCACUCCAACAGCACUCCGCUGCAUCUCCAAACCAGAGUUAACACCUGGUCUUCUCCAAUCUCUCACUCCUCGGAGGCUGAUGAGGAACUUUCUCCCACUCUUCAAGUGCAUGUCAAUUGCCAGAAUGAGCCACAUUGCACUCGCUUCUCUUCUCCUUACAGCCUGCUCUCUCCAGUCCAAAGUCCGCCCGUGGAUAUCAAGCUCAACUUCAAAGCUAGUCCUUCCUGUCCUCGGAGCAACCUCGACAUCCAACGCUCUUGCUUCUCUCCAUUUCUCUUUGUCGGUGCCAGCCCCUCUGCUCCAAUUGAGCCACAGGAGAAUGGGCAGACGAGGCUGCUACCGGUCCAUGCAAACGAGACAGAGUUCGUCGAACAGGACGAGAACGGAAGGUUGUGGUGGACGGAAGUGGACGAGCUGCAUGAUGAACGCAGUAUGUUUUCUGGGAUCUGUGGUGAUCUUGAAACUUCAUCGUUCCUUGUUCUUCCAUCUCUUCUCUUUGCAGAUAGUAUGGGAAGUCAUGGAGCUGCAAGCGAUCUCACGCAACCAAUGGGCGGGAGAAGUCCCAGGCUCCACCUUUCCACCGAACCCUGUCUCCUUCCUCAGAUUAGAUUCGCCCUCGAAACGAACGGGAGCAACCUGCAAGGGGAGAUCACAGUAGAGGAGAUCGAGAAGGCAAUCAUGUCGAGCGCACUGAUGAACAAGAUCUCCUUGUCCCACGAAGAGGCGGAAGAGUGUGCGCAGCUGAUCGUCGAAGAGCUUGACGCCGGCCAUGGAGCUUUCGAGUCGCUUAAACAAGAAGACAACUUGGCCAAGACUUCCGCGCACACAGGCUGGUCGCCAUCGAGGCCGACGAGCUCUUCCGGCGGCCUGACCAUGUCGCGGAUCGACCUCUUCCUCCGAACGCACUGGAGAAGAGCUUGGGUGGUUCUGCUCUGGCUCGCCGCCUGCAUGGCGCUGUUCGCUUGGAAAUUCGUGCAGUACCGCCACCGGCUGGCCUUUGACGUCAUGGGGUACUGCUUGUGCACCGCCAAGGGCGCUGCCGAGACGCUCAAGCUCAACAUGGCCCUCGUUCUCCUCCCCGUGUGCCGUAACACCAUGACGUGGCUUCGCAGAAGUCGUCGGAUCAACUCGGUCGUACCUUUCAAUGACACCAUCAAUUUCCACAAGCUGGUUGCAGGUGGGAUAGUGAUCGGCAUCAUCCUCCAUGGCGGCACACACCUCACCUGUGACUUCCCUAGGAUUGCCAACGCCGACAGAUUGGUCUUCCGGCAAACCAUCGCCUACUGCUUCCAGUAUCGCCAGCCAUCCUACGUGCAGAUCGUGCUCACGACCGAGGGCGCCACCGGGAUCGCCAUGGUGGUCCUCAUGAUCGUUGCGUUCUUGCUCGCGACACGGCCAUCGAGAAGGAGCCCGGCGUCGUUGCCGAGGCCGAUCGGCCGGUGGGCGGGCUUCAAUGCCUUCUGGUACUCGCACCACCUGUUGAUCCUGGUCUACGUGCUGCUCGUAAUACACUCCAUGUUCCUGUUUCUGACACACGAUGUGACCGAGAAGACGACAUGGAUGUAUAUUGCGAUCCCGGUCCUAAUCUACGCCGGGGAGCGAAUGUUUCGGACGAUAAGAUCAGAGAUCUACAAUGUCGAAGUCGUAAAAGCAACAAUCUACCCCGGCAAGGUGUUGUCUUUGAAGCUGAUGAAGCCUGCAGGAUUCACAUUUCGCAGUGGCAUGCACAUAUAUGUUCAGUGCCCUGAGAUUUCCAGAUUUGAAUGGCAUCCAUUUUCUCUUACCUCUGCACCAGGAGAUGAUCAUUUGGGCUUGCACAUAAGAUCGCUUGGAGACUGGAGCUGCCAAAUCUACAGCCUUUUCCAAGAGGCAUUGCUCUCCGGUAAGCCGGAUCUGCCACACGUAUCCAUUGAUGGCCCCUACGGCGCAGCUUCUCAGGACCACGCAAAGUACAAGAUCAUCUUGCUCGUCGGGCUCGGCAUCGGCGCGACGCCAUUCAUCAGCAUCCUCAAAGACAUCGCCAAUGGUCUGCGCAGGCCGCCGCCGCCAGAAGACAAUGUGGGAGAUGCCAAUGGUCGAAGGACCGGGAGCGGCCCCGAGAAAGCUUACUUCUACUGGGUCACGAGAGAGCAGGGCUCCUUCGAGUGGUUCAGGGACAUCAUGAAGGAGGUCUCAGUGUUGAACAAGAAGCAGGGGCUGAUAGAAAUGCACAACUACCUGACGAGUGUGUUCGAGGAAGGGGAUAAGAGAUCGGCGCUGGUGAGAGCAGUACAAGCCCUCCAUUUCAUGAAGAGUGGCGUAGACAUCAUCUCCAAGACGCCGGUGAGGACGAAGUUUGCCAGGCCAAAUUGGUCCAGGGUCCUCUCUAGAUUGGCUGGUAGACAUGGAGGAAAGAGGAUAGGGGUUUUCUACUGUGGACCAGCAGCUCUGGGAAGAGACUUGGAAAGAUUGUGUCAUGAGAUGAGCAUCAAGACCUCCACCAGAUUUGUGUUCCACAAGGAACAUUAUUAGUUCUACAAGUUGCACACCAGAGAUAAAAGGAUGUCAUUCUUUUUAUUACCUUUUUUUUUUUUUCUUUUUUUGUUGAGGCACUUAACCUGAAUGAAUGAAUGUUUCAGGUUGAGGAUAAUAGUCUUCAAGAAAAUGAAUGAUGAAUAAACUCUUUUCUAACCCCCAUGUAAGGGAAUAGCAUU